GAUCCGAUACAAACGGCGACAUUUGACGCUUCGAGUCUUGUUUUUUUUUUUUUUUUUUUUUUUUACCGUGCGUCUUUUGCUAUGAAGUAAGUAGUGGUACUGGAAGCGUAAUGGGGUCUUGUUUGAAAACAAACAAAACAAACAAAAAAAAAAACAACAACACCGUGACCAAAAAUAACCCGUUGCGAGAGAGAGAGAUAGGUACGAGGUCCAAAAUGCCAGACAAGGUUAAUGAAUUGCUUGUUCGCCGCGUAGAUGCGGUGUUCAAUAUUCAGGUUUAAGGUCAGUGAGAAGUGACGUCCCAUCCCCCACCCACUUCUCUCUCUCUUUCUCUCUGUUGUCUUCGAAGGUCUCUCUACCCCUGGCGUUGAGCGGCUGCUUGCCGCUGUCGCUUCCCGCCCCCCCCUCUUCUACUCCACCUCCACCACCCCCCUCUUGCCCCCCCCCUCUCCGGUCCUCAGUGAACGGCGAACUCCUCCGUAGUAGCCCGCAGUGGCGACGCGCUAACUCGGCUUUUAUUAUUAUUAUUUUUUUCCCCUUUACUCCCGUCCCCCUACCCUCCCCCCCUUCCCUACCCCGACCGCCACCUGGGACGUAGCCGAUUAAAAAAAAAAAAAACUCUCCCCACCCCCACCCCCACCCCGGAAAAAAAAAAAAAUUACACCAGCGGUCGGAAUUUGAAAUAUGACGCUGAGUAAAAUGGGAGGAAAGUCGUCGCUAGCUUGUUGAAGUUGGAGGAUCUCCUUGUGGAAGAGGAAGAGGCGGCGGCGGCGGCGGUGGCGGCGGACACCACGAGUUCACUCUCGUCGUUUCGAAAGGAGUGAGCCGAGCCUUCCAGCAGACUUCCACUGUUUCUUUGGGCUAAAAUGAGUAUUACCAGUGACGAAGUGAACUUCUUGGUCUACAGAUACCUCCAAGAAUCAGGUUUCUCCCACUCAGCAUUCACCUUUGGCAUCGAGAGCCACAUCAGCCAGUCCAACAUCAAUGGAACACUAGUGCCCCCUGCAGCCCUUAUCUCCAUCCUGCAGAAGGGGCUCCAGUAUGUGGAGGCAGAGAUAAGCAUCAAUGAGGACGGAACGGUCUUCGACGGCCGGCCGAUCGAGUCGCUGUCGCUCAUCGACGCCGUGAUGCCCGACGUGGUGCAGACGCGGCAGCAGGCCUUCCGCGACAAGCUGGCCCAGCAGCAGGCCGCCUGCACCAUGGCCUCCACCUCCGGCAACCAGUCCAACGCGCCAAAGAACGGUGACGCCACUGUCAACGGAGAGGAGAACGGCACCCACAACAUGAAUAACCAUUGCGAGUCAAUGGAGAUGGACGUCGACGUGGAGAUCCCCGCCAGCAAAGCCACGGUGCUGCGAGGUCACGAGUCGGAAGUGUUCAUCUGUGCCUGGAACCCUGUCAGCGAUCUGCUGGCCUCAGGUUCGGGGGACUCUACGGCUCGAAUUUGGAAUCUCAACGAGAACAACAACUCCAACUCCACCCAGCUGGUGCUGCGCCACUGUAUCCGAGAAGGUGGGCAGGAUGUCCCCAGCAACAAAGACGUAACCUCACUCGACUGGAAUAGCGACGGAACGCUUCUGGCGACGGGCUCGUACGACGGCUUCGCCAGGAUAUGGACGAAGGACGGAAAUCUGGCGAGCACCUUGGGACAGCACAAGGGGCCAAUAUUUGCACUCAAGUGGAACAAGAAGGGGAACUCCAUUCUCAGUGCUGGCGUAGAUAAGACGACAAUCAUUUGGGACGCGCACACAGGAGAAGCCAAGCAGCAGUUCCCCUUCCACUCAGCGCCGGCCCUGGACGUCGACUGGCAGAACAACACCACGUUUGCCUCGUGCAGCACGGACAUGUGCAUCCACGUGUGUCGCCUCGGCAGCGACCGGCCGCUCAAGACCUUCCAGGGUCACACGAAUGAAGUUAACGCCAUUAAGUGGGAUCCGUCGGGAAUGCUCCUGGCCUCCUGCUCAGACGAUAUGACCUUAAAGAUCUGGAGCAUGAAACAGGAAUCGUGCGUCCACGACCUCCAGGCUCACAGCAAAGAGAUCUACACGAUCAAGUGGAGUCCGACCGGGCCCGGCACCAGCAACCCCAAUUCCAACAUCAUGCUCGCCAGCGCGUCGUUCGACUCGACGGUGCGGCUGUGGGACGUCGAGCGGGGGGUCUGCAUCCACACGCUGACCAAGCACCAAGAGCCCGUUUACAGCGUGGCCUUCAGCCCCGACGGCAAGCACCUCGCCAGCGGCUCCUUUGACAAAUGUGUGCACAUUUGGAACACCACGUCUGGUGCCUUGGUGCACAGCUACAGAGGUACUGGUGGGAUCUUUGAAGUGUGCUGGAAUAGCACCGGGGACAAAGUCGGCGCCAGCGCGUCAGACGGCUCAGUGUGCGUUCUCGACCUGCGGAAAUAGCGGCGUGGGACGGACGGCGAGUCGUUGGAAUGCGCAGCAGACUGCCUUCUUUAGACAUCAGCAAACGCUCUCGUUGCUCCCCGGGGGAGGGGCUUGGCAGGUAGACGGAGUUCAAUUGCAAAGACACAACUCAGAGGAGCAACAACAACAACAAAAGACGAGGAAGGAGGCGUCGGCGCACCUUAAAGCCGUCAGCUCCGUUGGAGAAGACAACAUUGGAGCCGCUCCCGACUCCUUGUGUUUUACCAGGUAUCUCACGGGGAAGCGCCGCCAUCGCCUCCCCCUACUCCUCCCGCUGCGGCGGGUGCCGCGAUCCAGCUGCUUGGCACGAAGGGCGACUUGACUAAGACAGGCCGAGAGGCAGCCGUUCCCAGAAAGAAGGCUCGUCCAAAUCCUCGGCAGAGACCCCGACGAGGGUUCAGCGACUGUCGCGAAGGCUCGCUUUUCAAGGAGGGCGGCUCCUUUGAAGACCCUCCCCGUCUCCCGCCACCCCUUAGCACCCUCGCUCCGCAGAUGGACUCGUCGGACGUGCGGAAAUGGGGGGGAAGUGUGCGGAUUCUGAAUACCAACCGGUCCACCGAAUUUAAAAAAAAAAAAAAAAAAGAAAAAAAAAACUCCCAAACAACAAUUGGACAAACAAGUGUGGGUUUACAAAGAGAAUUUUUGCCCUUUUUUUUGUUUGUUUUUUUGGGAUGUACAUGUAAAGAAUGUAAAGAUAUGUAAAUUAGAUUAAUACACAGACUUAUAUACUGUGUAUAUAUGUUUAUAUACAGUACACCUUAUUGACGUCACGUUAGGGGCUCACUUAAUGGCUUGAGCCGUCUUUGCUGACGAGCCACAACGGGCUCGCUUUUUAAUUCAAAACAUCUUUUUUUUUUUGGUUUGUUUUUUGUUUCCAGUCGAGGCACAAACGGCGAAAUUUACGGCGUCGUCACGUUUCGGGUCACUGUGUUGCGUCUUCGUGUCGUGUGUCGAUUGGGCCGAAGAAGCCACACCCACUAAAUUGCAACGCACAGCUAAAGCGGGUUAACAUUAACAAACGUUUUUCAUUCAAAGCGGAAUCACAUCAGCUAAUUUUUAUUGUUAUUUUUUUUGGGGUGGUCUGAGGAAACCUUUUCAACUUUUUUCCCCCAUAGUAUAUUUUUUCCCCGCAACCCCCCUUUUUUCAUCUUUGUGGGUCAGGUAUCAGAAUCGGAUGUCAACGGGGCGGUCCAUCGUUUUUUCUGACUUUUUCAGAGCCAUUAUUGUCUGUGUCAGACUGAGAAAUUGGGCUGUGGGUUUGGUGGCCGACGUGUGGACGAAAGGCUGUGACAGCUGCUGUUCUUCUGUCACUGGCGCACCCUGGUCCGGGGGGUGCAGUCGCCCGUUUCAAGACAAAACAUUCAAGUUGUUCAGUGUCUGAAAUAAAUCACUCUAUUUUGA